UCUGAGUAUGCACUAAAACACUGAUGGUACAGGGUGGAGUAUUAAGCAUAGAAAAAAACAAUUCCUUGAAUUAUGGGGAAAUACGGAACAGUGCUAUUUCUAUUGAUGGAAUUCUAUAUUUUUGGAUCAGGCAAGAUAAUAAAGGACAACACUGGCGACGAUUCUAAAGGAACUUUUACUUAUGGUUCAUCCUCGGUACUUAACAACCUUUCAACUUUGCUACUGACAAAUUACAGAGCAGAAGUCCGACCUUUGUGUCCAGGCUUUGAGAGAGUUAACGCGACUGUGGAUAUUGCUAUUCGUCAACUUAUAUCGCUUGAUGAACCAGAACAACUUAUUCACUUCAACAUGUGGAUGCGACUGGGAUGGAUAGACUGCAAUCUCAGAUGGAAUCCUGACGAUUUUAACGGAACAGAUUCCAUAGUGCUACCCAUAGGUCUUAUAUGGAAACCGGAUAUUACUCUGUAUGAAAGCAUUUCGGCUGAAUUUUAUGGAUUCAAAGACUACAGGGCUCUCAUUUAUUCAGAUGGUUAUGUCGCUUAUAACUUCCCAACCAAAAUCGAAGCGUUGUGUCCUAUUGACGUUGCAAAAUUCCCUUUCGACAGUCAAGUAUGCGAGUUAAUGUUUGGAUCAUGGUCAUAUAAUGGUUUACAACUAGAUAUUCGAUCUAAGAACGUUGAGGGCGAUUUAUCUUCCAUGAAAGAACAUGUUGAAUGGAUAGUUGAAAAAGCAGCAAACGUAAGACACGAAGUAUAUUACGGUUGCUGUCCGGAACCCUUUGUAGAUGUGACUUUUUAUAUUUAUUUAAAACGAAAACCAGCUUAUUACAUAACAAAUAUAAUAGUACCAUCAUUUUUAAUCACAAUGGUGGCAUCGUUUGGGUUUUUACUUCCUGUUGAUUCCGGCGAGAAGGUUGGAUUAGAAUUAACAGUUAUGUUGGCGAUGUCUGUGUUUCAAUUGCUUGUUGCUGACAAGUUGCCACCAUCAGCUGAUUCUACUCCAUGGAUUGCCAUGUUUUUUAGCUUUACGUUAAUUUUAAGUGGUGGAUCAUCAUUAUGGCAAGUUAUGGUUUUGAAUAUUCACCAUAGGGGAGAUAGAACGAUGUCACGAUUUACAAAAUGUUAUCUUUUAAAACCACUUGCGCAUAUCACGUGCGUAAAGCUACCAAGAAUACAAAAUAGAUAUACAACAUCUCAGAAUGAGGACAAAAUCAUUUCCAAGCUGUUCAACACUUUGGACGAAAAAAGAAUGUCAAAGGAGAAAGAAGUAGAGAUUUCAACAUCAUCUGAAAGUGAAAAAGAGAGGAUCGAUUCAGAGCUAUGGAUACACUAUGCUUUAGUUUUAGACAGAGUAGGAUUUGUGGUAUUCCUAUUUUCAUUGGUCACAGGAUGCGCGUAUAUUUUUAUAGGAAUUAUUUACAAUUAACACUGAUGCUUAUAUUAAAUGACAGAGAUGAUGUUACUUUACAAGGCUUUUUUGGUUUUUAUGACAUUUUUUGUGUGUUAAGGAGCAAUUGUAUUUUAAACAAAAAACUUAAAUCAUUAUACUGUAAUAAUCUAACAUUACGAUGACUAAAGAUGUUGACAUGAUGUAUAUAUCUAUAAUCAAAUAACAUAAACAAAAAUUUAAUAUAUAUAUUGAAAGAUUUUCAUAUAACCUUCAUCAAAAUGAACUGAUUUCUGUACAAAUGAUGACUUAUAUUAAUGAUAUAAC